UAUAAAACGUGACUCGGUACUUGAGUGUCAGUGGGGAUUCUUCGUUACGUUAAAGCCACCAUGAAAGAACCGGACAGAUUCAGCUAUGGACAACACUCCGCAGAGGACAUCGAUGCAUUGGACUUUAUCAAAAGACAAAAUGAUCUGUUUGUGGACUUUGCUGAAAUAGUUUCAUAGACCCUGUUUGUGGAGUAUCUCUGGAUAUCCGACGAGGAAAGCUAUUCUCUGGUUGUUGAGCUGGACCGAGAAGGAUAUCUGAACUGUAAGAGUUCAGUGAUGUUAGCUUUGAGCCACUACAACUCCUCAGUCUCCCCGCUACUCCCUCGUUUCUCCAAUGACAGCGGAGGGAAGGUGGAGGCCAGGGUGGUUGUUGAAGGUCUGUCGCAGCAGGGAAACCACACCUUUGUGCAGCCCACCACCAGCGGCAUCAUUGUCGUCAUAUUGUCCAUGACACUGGGCAUCAUCUCCAACAUCGUGGCUCUCUUCAUCCUGGCCAAUGCCUACUCUCUCCAGCGCCGGCGCACCAAAGCCACAUUCCUUCUGUUUGCCAGUUCACUGGUGGUCACGGACUUCAUCGGCCAUGUGAUCCCUGGUGCCCUGGUUCUCCGACUCUACCUCUCUGGAGGUGUGCACCCCGACGACUUCAACGACUCUGAUGGGAUGUGUCAGUUCCUGGGUGGCAGCAUGGUCUUCUUUGGCCUGUGCCCACUCUUUAUGGGCAGCGCCAUGGCGGCUGAGCGCUGCCUGGGUGUCACUAAGCCGCUGCUGCACUCAUCCCUGGUCACCAAAACCCGCACAAAGAUCUGCCUGUUUGUCAUCUGGCUGGCAGCUCUGUGCGUGGCCAUGCUGCCGUGCUUUCAGCUGGGCUCUUACACCUACCAGGACCCAGGGACCUGGUGUUUCAUUAAAGUGCUCAGUGACACUCGGGAGGUGGAUUUGGCGUUUGUGGUGCUGUUCUCUGGACUGGGUCUGACCUCGCUGGCCGUGGCGCUGGUGUGUAACACCAUCAGUGGGGUGACGCUGGUGCUCGCUCGGCUCAGGAGGCAGCCGGGCUCCCAUCAUUCAGCCAAGUCCCAUGACAUAGAGAUGGUGGUGCAGCUGGUCGGCAUCAUGGUCACCUCCUGUAUCUGCUGGAGCCCUCUGCUGAUCUUUGGCCUGAUGUCGGUGAUCCGCUCCUACGCAGGAUCUACAGGAGAGGACUUGUCCAGCUACAAAACCCUGAUGGUGAUGGGCGUGAGGCUGGCCACGUGGAACCAGAUUCUCGACCCCUGGGUCUACAUCCUGCUGCGCCGCACUGUCCUCCGCAAAAUCUACCUCAUCGCUAAGUGCCAGGCAGGACUGAGGGGUAAUAAAAUCGGCCGCUGGGAGCCCACCUCCUUUCAAAGCUCAGAGAAGAAUGUCAACCAGGUGUGAGCUGAGAGAACGUCUGAUCGAGUGUUUUAAAGAAUGUACUUUGUAACCAGGUCAUUGAACUGUUGAAGGACUCACCUAAUAAAGACGUUGAGAAGGAGAGGCCAACAGAGAAGCAUGUUGGAGGAAAUGAGCUGUGGCUGCGACGGUGGAGUAGCAGUUUGACGUUCCUCAGCUGGUCCGCUCUGGAAACACUUUGUGGAUUAAAUCAAAAUAUCUCUUUCAUGCCGUUCUUUCAUCAAAGUUUACCAGUGACUUCAUCGUCUGACCUUUCAAAUGGAAGCUAGCUAUUGCUAUGAUUUUGCACAUAAACUGUCUAUUGCUUACUAAUAGUGAGUGAACAUUCCUUAUUGUUAUUCUCAUUUUAAACUCAUGGUAAAGGCAGAGGUGUGGGCCACAGUAUCACCACGCUCUGUCCUGAGAGACUCUAACGUUUGUAACGCGUUGGAAGUGAAAGAUAAACAGUUCGUGGCUCUAACAUCAGAUACAUGGAGAAGAACGGAGCUCCAUCAAUGUAACCACCAGAGGCAGUAUUUAGAUUGUAAUCAUAAUGUUCAUUAUUCUGCUGAAUGUAUUUCAUAAAGGAAUGUUAAUAUUCAAAUAUUGUGGAGUGUUUGUUUGUUUAAGUGUAAAUAGGCUUUCCAUGUGUUUAUACAGUGCUUUGUGUGAAAUAACGUAAGAUUGUAUGAGUUAAUACUUGAAUUGGAUACCCUCAAUUUACAGAGGAUAUGUAAAUAACUUUAAAUUGAAUGUAAAUAAAACAAUGCAAUGUGACCGUACUCUGACGUUGUGCAUUUAUUUUUGACUAGAUAUCUGUUCCUCAAAU